AUGAACGAUACCUACGAGACCAUCCGUAGUAUUGGCGCUGCUUUCUCUUUCAUCCUCCUGCUUUGUGUCUUCUGCGGUGUCGUCGCGAGCUACCUGGUCAUUCGCGGGUGGCGCGUCCGUCUAUAUCAGCGUCUGGGCAUGGAGUCCGGGCUCGCUGAGGAGAGGGCGCGUCUCAGCCCGCAUGAAGAUUGA